AUCCAGUGGGUUCAGCUGACAUGUGAAGUUAGCAUCCAGUAGUUGUCAGCCUGCGACCUUGAAGGUCUAGCUGAUAGGAACGCCAGCUUAAAUUAUUCAUUUCCUGCAUGGAUGUGAUGGGGAGACGGCAUUUCUGGUAAUGACGAAGAAGGUGUGGACUUUGUCUUAGGAGCUGAGUGGAAAAAAAAGGAUGAGGAGGUUUCUGUGGAAGAUGCAGAAGGGACAGGAUGAUGAAGGAAAAUGUGUUCGGGAGUAAUUUUGUUUUACAGAAGAAAAGGGAAAAGAUAAGAGAGGUUUAAGAUAAAGGAAAGAAAACAAGAACAGGAUGGCAUGAGUGAAGGAAACUGUGGUCAGUUAGAAACUGAGGAAGACGGAGACGAGAGAAGCAUAGUUUAGUAUAAGACAGAGAAAGACGGGCUGUAAAAAUAGAAAGAUUUUGUAUGUGGAUUCAAUACAAAGAUGAAAUGCGAGAGAGGUUGAGUAGAAAAUUAGAGGGAAGAGAAAACCUGCGUGGGGCCGGCUGGAAGAAAGAGGCAGAGCUGUAAACACAAGGGUUGGUGAGGCAGAGAGGACGAAAGCACUGAGUUGCUGCCACUUGAUGGAUAAGCUGCAGAGCAGCAAAUGGCUGUGCCACGGGAUGAAGAGAAACCUUCAGCUGGAGCAAAGGAGAUAUAGGAGCAUGUCGUCCCCUUCACCAUGAGGACCUCCAAGAUUGAAGCUAAAGAAGCUUGUGAUUGGCUUCGAGCCGCUGGAUUUCCACAAUACGCUCAGCUCUAUGAAGAUUCCCAGUUUCCAGUCGAUAUUUCCUCAGUGAAAAGGGACCAUGACUUUCUGGACCGGGAUCUAGUUGAGCCUCUGUGUCGGCGUUUAAAUACUCUGAACAAGUGUGCCUCCAUGAAACUGGAUGUCAGCCACCCCAAGAAGAAGAGUGAUGAUUCUGAUGAAGAUGACCCUUUGGCUAUCAGUAAAAGGUGGACUUUUGAGUGGAGUAGUCGACGCUGGUCUCGUCUGCAAGACUUCCUCUUGGACAGCACCAAUGAGAGCAGCCCAACAGGUCAAGGGGAGGGUCUUCGCAGCACAGUAAGCAGUGAGAGCGUGCUAACAGACCUGAGCGAGCAGGAGAUCACAGAAAUCUCUUCGCUACACAGUGAAGACUCUGCCUCUGCCAUGCCUGACUCUAUAUCUAUGGCAUCUCUCUCUGCUUCCUACCAACCACCCAGAGAGCUUCCACACUACAAUUCCCUACCAAUCAAGAGCAGUCGUCAUGGGCAAGGUGGGCGGAGUAAAGCGAAAGAGUUUUUGCGUAGAAUGGAAAUAAUGCGCACUUGGGGGCCGUCGACAAGGCGAAAAAGCUCUAAUCGCAGGCCGCCGCUGGUCAUCAGUGGGCCGGUUUUACAGGGGGAGGAGCCUCAGGCACUUCAGACGCUUCAGUGCACUCCUAUCAGCCAAUUAGAACAAAACUCAAAACACAACCAAGCUCAUGUUGAUGUCUCCUCCGUCCCUCUCAACAAAAACUGCAAAGACCAGCCCAAACUGAGUGUGAACCCCAACAAUGAAACUGUGUCGGCCAGCAUAGCGGAGCCUGUAUGUACAAAACCCCGCACUGCCAGCAAGAGAAGCAGCAUGUACCUGGAGGACAUGGAGCUGCCUUCUCAGGGUAAGAGGACUGAAGGUCAAAGCCAGUUUGGUAGAAACCAGUUUCACUCAUAUGAAAACCUUCUCAUUCACAUCCCCAAAGACCAUAAACCAGGCACUUUUCCCAAAGCCCUAUCCAUAGAAAGCCUGGCACCUUCCUCUAGUGACAGGAACAAUGGAUCCAUGUCACAUGCCAAAACUUCUUCUCCUGAGAAUGGACUGGGUGAACCCUGGUGCGGAAAACCUUUAUCCAAACCCCCCUGUCCUGGAGCUCCACGGGGCAGCAGGGUGAGUGUUUACGACAAUGUGCCGGGUUCACACCUCUACGCCAGCACAGGAGACCUGCUGGACUUAGAGAAAGAAGACAACCUGUUUCCUCACCUGGAUGACAUUAUCCAGCAUGUCAGUGGCUUACAGCAGAUAGUUGACCACUGGAGCCGUAGUGUGCUUCCCGAGGGGGAGACAGGGGAUGGAGAGGAAGAGGGGGAGGGUAGGACCACCCCUAGUGAAGGCGAGAGAGAUGGGGUCUCCUUAAAUGACACAGAUUCAACAGGGACCAGUAGGGAGAGGCGGGACUCUGGAGUUGGAGCCUCCCUUACAAGACCAAGGUUACGAUGGCCCAGUUUCAGAGGCUCUGAUCAUCUCAACCAGCCAGCAUCUUCACUGCAGAUCAGUAGCCAAUCAGCAGGCCAGCUCAGCCUGCUGCAGAAGUUCUCUUUACUCCGCCUCACCGCCAUCAUGGAGAAAUACUCAAUGUCUAAUAAACAUGGCUGGACAUGGUCUGUGCCUAAGUUUAUGAAGCGCAUGAAGGUGCCAGACUACAAAGAGAAGAGUGUGUUUGGUGUUCCCCUUAUCGUCCAUGUCCAGCGCUGUGGGUUUCCACUCCCUCUGUGUUUACAACAGGCCCUCAUCCACCUCAGAACACAUUGCCUGGACCAGGUGGGAUUGUUCCGCAAGUCUGGAGUGAAAUCUCGGAUUCAGGCUCUGAGGCAGCAGUGUGAGUUGUCUCCCGACUGCGUGAGCUACGAGGACCAAUCAGCUUACGAUGUGGCCGAUAUGGUCAAACAGUUCUUCAGGGACUUGCCUGAGCCUCUGCUGACAAACAAGCUGGGCGAAACCUUCCUGCACAUUUACCAGUAUGUUCCAAAGGAACAGAGAUUGCAAGCCAUUAGAGCCGCCAUUUUGCUGAUGCCGGAUGAAAACAGGGAGGUUCUGCAGACAUUGCUUUACUUCCUGCGUGAUGUUACGUCCUUGGUGGAGGAGAACCAGAUGACACCUAUGAAUCUUGCUGUUUGUUUGGGACCAUCGCUUUUUCACCUCAGCAUACUAAAGAAUGAAACGCUGUCACCCAGAUCGAUCCAGAGAAAGUACACUACAGGUCGUCCUGAUCAGAAAGACCUGAGUGAAAACCUGGCUGCCACUCAGGGUUUGGCACACAUGAUCACAGAGUGUCAGCGUCUCUUUCAGAUCCCAGAGGAAAUGGUUACCCAGUCUCGUAACUCUUACAUGGAGGCGGAGCUGAUGGUGCCCCCGCUGGAUGAGCUUUGCAAGGCUCACGAGGAAGAAGUGGAUGAGGACGUGGAAGAAGAGGAUGAGGAAGGUUCCUAUCAUGCACACUUAGAAAGGCUGAUCCAGAACCUGCUGAAAGAGGCCAAAGAUAAGAGCAAAGGCUGGGUGUCCCGCUCAUCUUCUGACCAGGCUGAACUGGCAUUUAAAAAGGUUGGAGAUGGUAACCCUCUAAGGCGGUGGCGAGUGUGCGUUGAGGUGUCGGCAACUCCCACCGAGUUGCUGCAGCGGCUGCUGAGAGAGCGUCCACUGUGGCAGGCUGAACUCCAGGAGGAGAAAACUCUGGAGACGCUGGACAAACAGACAGACGUGUACCAUUACUCCUGCUGCAACAUGGCACCUCAACCCAACUGUGACUAUGUGGUACUAAGAUCAUGGCGUACUGACUUGUGUAAAGGCUCCUGCGCGCUGGUGUGUGUGUCUGUCGAACAUGACGACAGCCCACGCAUCGGUGCUGUGAAAGGGGUUGUGCUGGAGUCACAGUACCUCCUCGAGCCUUGUGGGACAGGAAGGACCAGACUCACGCAUAUUUCCAGAGUGGAUCUCAGGGGAAGAUCUCCAGAAUGGUACAACAAGGCAUUUGGUCACUUGCUUGUUAAUGAAGCCCAGAGGAUCCGCUCUUCUUUUCUUCCCUUAGAUCAGGCGAGCCCUGAGGCCAAGAUCUGAGCCCCAGAUGUCAAGCUUGGACUUGGACUUGAGAACCAGUGACCCACAAGGUUAUUCAUCCAGGCAGUGGACUUAAAAGUCUUUUCACAGUGCUGAGCCAUACUGUACUGAGUUGGCACACACAGAAGGCAAACAUAUGUCAUUUUGUCAUGUGUCUUAAAUCAACAUGACACUUAUUUAUAUCAUAAAUUAUUGAUUUUCAAACCAUUUUUGAAUAACAGUUCCAGGACUAACAAGUUAAAAGAUUAAACAAGUAAUUUAUGUUUAUUUGAAUAGUUAUUCAUGUUUUAUGUAAUUGGCUUGUAUGCAUGUGUAUUAUUGUAAGGAUAAAGUCAUGUGGGCAGAUUUUCUUUUUUUUUUUUUGUAAUUUAUUACUACAAAUCCUCAGCAUUUAAUCUAUUAUCUUGGGAAUAAUAAUAAUAAAAACUUUGUUUAAAAAUAUAGCUAGCACUAGUAGGUAUGAUCCUGAGAUGCGUGCUAUAUUUGGUUAAUAUUUACGCUGUAAAUUUUAUAUUACUUUAGUCCCUUAUGAUGAGUAAUAGAGUAACUACCUAAAACCUUAACAUCAUGGUAACUGAUUAAAUAGUAUGCAAUCAAAAACUGUAUACAGCUACAACAUUUUAUAAUAUUUAUUUUAUUACCCUGAGAUUUCUCCAUCCUUCUAAAGUGUAAAGUGGCCUGCCAGUAAAAUACACGCCACAAAACUGAAACUAUUUCCUUUCUUUUUCAUCUCAGAAUAAUAUGGAAUUAAAUGAAAAAAAAAAUAACAUCAUGUAAUUUUACCAAAGUACAUCUGUGAAAAUUCACACAUUCAAAUCUGACUAUGCCUGAUAUCAUAUUUUCUCCUUUUGCACUUAUUUACAUUUACCUAAAACACAUUCAGCAGAUAAUACAACAAUAAGAAAAAAACUUCUGUUCUCUUGGAAAAUAGAGAGAUCAGUACAAUAUGGAUACAUAUCAGCACUGUGUUGUGAAAAGUGGACGUGUUUGAAACAAAAAUGACCACAUGAGGGAUCUGAAUCACAUAAAGAGGGCACACUGACUGGGUCCAGAAAUAUGCUUUGAAAACAUUGUCUUGGAUUUCACUGGUGAUUUAGUUUCUUGUCACAAAUUUCAGUGUUAAUCUAAUAUCUAACACAAAUUAAUGAGGUGCCAUUUUGAAGUUAUGAUCAUUAUGUCUCUGCAUAUUUUUUUUUUUGCUUUAAUGUUAUACAAUGUCUGAGACAUGUGUCCAUUUCACUGCUUCUGGGAAGCAUGUUUGAAAUUUAUUGUGUGUGCAUGGUUGUGCCUGUGUAUCUGCGUUUUAAACACUCAUACAGCCUGUACUGUAAAUAUCAGCAGCGCUCUCUGUGCCAUUACAGUUCUUCAGGGUCCUUCCUAUCAUAUUGAUAUGCUGAAAUGUGAACUUUCCACAAACCAUCCAAAAGGAGCAAUAGCAGAUUAAAGCUUGGUGUGCCAUGGUGCUGCCUUGGCUUCUAUUUUGUUUCGCCUGUAGGCAGCGUUGCCAUGGUGUUGCUAUGAUAUAAUAUCUCCACAGUGCCACCAUAAUCCUGUGUGAAAGCCUUUUUUUGUGUGCUGGGGAAAAGUGUUGUGUGUGUGUAUGUGUGUGUAAAUAUGUAUGUGUAUGUGCAGAAAACCCAAAAAGAGUGAAUGACUCUGACGUGAGGCCUCCGCUGUGUGUGGAGAUACUCCAAAGCUAGUAGUUGAGAGCAGGAUGAUUUCCUUUGUUCCUAAAGAGAAUAAAAUAUGUAAAA